AUGCUGAUUUGCGGGCUUGAAAAUGAAGACAAACUUGACGAGAAUUUAUGUAGCGUAGAGUCACCCAUUCUAAGCACGCAGGCUAAUUCAUUUUGUGGUGCUAGUCAAUAUCCAGCAAACGUGCAAGAGAAAGAUGAACACACGGAAGAACGGCCUAGUUCCACUGGAGCAUCUGAAUCAUUCAAAUUGAACACCAUGCUGAUGUUCAAUUUCCUCUUUUGCUCCGCCCGACGUGAAGCGUCCCCGAGAAAACCUCCAGCGGUUUGUGUCAUUCAUCAAGACUGUAUAAUUAAUGAAUACAAGAUCUCUCAAGACGGAAACUGCCGCAUGAAGGGAGUGAUAUUCCAAGGAUCUGAGAAAAGGCAACGUGAUUUUGCGAGGUUAAAUAAACUGGCCGAAAAUCUGCACGAGGAGCGAGCAGACACUUCUGUACAUUAG